AUGGCAACCUGCACCGAGCCACCGGCGCACACAAUCCGUAACAUGGCAGGUCGUCCGGGUCGGUUGGGCCCGGUCUGCGCACAGCGCAGUGCAGUCCGCGCACCUCUCCUCAAGGCACAGCAGGGUCGCUGGGGCUGGUGCGUGGGCCACGGCCUGCCUGCGACGCGUCGCCCGACCCCCUCGUCAGGCUGCCGCUUCGCGGGUCUCCGCGUGCUCUGCAGAGGCGAUCAAGAUGGAAGGGUGGAAGUCGUCUGCCUCGGGGAGUCGCUUUUUGACAUGCUCGCGAACGACUUCGAUGUGCCUCGCGAGGAGGUGAAGUCAUGGACGCCUAAGGCAGGUGGCGCGACGCUCAAUGUCGCGACUGCUGUCGCCAGGCUGGGAGGGAGUGUGCAGCUCAUCACGGCACUGGGAAACGACGAGCGCGGCGAUCAGCUGUUCCAGCUGCUGAACGACCGUGGCGUGAACUUGGAAGGUGUCCUGCGAAGAGCAGAGCCUACUCGUGAUGUGUAUGUGGAAAGAACAUCUGCUGGCGAAAGAACAUUCUGCGGGUUCGGCUUGCCAACGACCCAAUACUGCGACUGCUUCUUAGAAAUUGAGAAAGUGCCCAAUAGCGGCAUCAAGGGGGCCAGUGUUGUGGUCAUGGGAACGUUGGGAUUGGCAUACCCAACAACAGCAGCCAGUAUGCGCAAGGCAAUGGAAGUUGCACAUUCAGAAGGUGGCUUGGUGCUUGUGGAUGUGAAUUGGCGACCUGUGUUUUUUGAAAAGCCGGAAUCGGCACGGCCUGUGGUGGAAGAGUUCGUGCAGCAAGCAGACAUAGUGAAGCUAACGGACGAGGAGGUGGAGUGGCUGUUUGGAAUUGAUGCCAACAAUGUAUUCCAAGAUCCAUGCAAGGUCCAUGACAUGCUGCCAAAUGCCAAGGGGGUCCUGGUGACAGGAGGGCCGAAGGGAGCUGCCUAUUGCUUCUCUGCUGGCAAAGUGUCCUUGUCUGGGUCCAUUCCCGCAUACCCUGUUGAGGUUCUUGACACAACUGGUGCUGGAGAUGCCUUCACUGCUGGCUUCAUACACAAACUGCUGCAGGCUGGAGGCUUGGAUGCUUUGACGGGAAUUCCCGAGGUUUUAGACAACGCUGUUCGUUUUGCUUCUGCAUGUGGUGGUAUCACGACCACCAAACCAGGCGCAGUUGAGGCACAACCCGAGGCCCACCAAGUGGAGGAGCUCAUCGCUGCUGUUGGCACUAGUGUGAAGUGA